UUGUUAAGUCGGUCAAUAAUUUGAUUUGAAAGAAUAGAAGAAGCUACCUUCUUCCAUUCCAUACAUACUUAACACACUGAUUUGGGUUUGGUUGGUUGCAAGAAACGAACACAAAAACCAUUUUUGCAUUUCAUUUCAGAAUCAACAAGAUGUGGCCUGCGAUUAUAUGUGGUUUGAUUAUUUACAAACUCUUCAAAUGCUUCUUUUAUGACGACGACGUUUUGGAUAUUGAAGCUUCUGAUUCCACUGUUCUCUUCUCCGUAGCUAAUAGGCUUCAGAAGCUUUUUGGGGGAAAGGUUUUUGUAGGCCUUCGUAUUCCUGAUGCUGAUUCUGCUUCACCACAAACCAUUGAUCUUGUUCUCCUUACUAAACGAGAGCUACUAGUGAUAUCAGUGAAGAACUUCUCAGGAAUUUUGACAGUUCAAGGGGAUGGCAGUUGGGCCUGUGAAAAGCCAGGAAAACAUAAAGUUGACCGUUACCCUGAACCUUUGGAAGAAGUAAGAAAGCAGGCUUCUAUCCUCGAGUCCUAUCUUGAACAAAGAGGGGUUGUUCUACCUAAAGGAUUCCUAAUCUGUAAAGUUAUACUUCCAAAUCCUAAAUUAUGUACCAUUCCUGCUAGUGAUUUCCCAUCUGAAGUUAUUACCCAUGAACAGUUGGUGCAACUGAAGCCUGGAACAAAGAGUGUGCUCUCUAGCUGGGUAAAGAAUACCUUUCUUAGUGGGAAGAAUGAUAUGCAAGAAUCUAGCAAUCAGAAUCUUGAAUUUUCCCUUAGCACAGCUCCAAUAUGGGAUAGGUUGGAACUGAAAGGCAGCAAGUAUGUAUUGGGAGAGUUCCUUGAAUUUAAGGGCAAGGAGGGGGAUGUUGAGGCUUUAAGACAUAUUAGAAGAUCAAAAGUUGGUCAGAUGAUAAUCCAAAAGACAAGCAUGUUUGGACUAGCUCCUUCUACGCUUCAAGUUUUGUACACUUUCCGUGACUACAGAACCGAGGGAGCAUCAGCACCAGAGUGGAACGAAGUGACCGUAAAAUCAAGUACUGAGAUCAUCUUUCAGGUUGAAAAUGCUUCCAAGAUCAAAAAGUUUAAGCUGUCUUCAGUCUGCUCUAUGCAUCUUAGUGCAUAAAGUUACUCAACUGAAAUGUCGGAAAUGUCAAUAACAUUAAACUGUCCUUUUCCAGACAUACAGAAUACUAUUAUGUGGUUGCAUUAUACAGUUUAUAUAGAUAUCGAUAUAGUUGACAGUUUUCUUUUAUUUACACGAUCAUACUAUAAUAGGAACAAGAAAUUCAGCUUCUCAAGAAAGCAGCUAUAAGUCUUGCUGGAAGAGUAAAUUAACUCUGCCACCUGAUAACUGAUAAUGACUCUAGUGGCAACAGUUAAGUAUUAA